UCUACAUAUUACUAUGUAUGUGCAGCAGUGGCUGAGCUUCCUGAAGUAAAAGACAGAUCAUCAGUAAAGGAGGGAGUUCAAAUGCCAGUGCUCUCACUACAAAAUGAGCAAAAUGACUUCAUACCAGAUGAGCUUCUCUCAAAUCUCACCUCAACCAUAUGCCCACAAGACAGAGCCCAGUACAACAAAACCCACAAAUACACAAAGGUUUGUGGAAUACGUGCACCAGAUGUAGUAUGGCACCACAGCACUGGCCGCAAAAAAUACCACUACUUUCUUGACCAGCCCACAUCUGUGACUGGAGCUGGGAGGGAUAUAUCCUUUCUGUGUGACGCUUUGGCAGCUCAGAGGCAGCGAAUCUCCCUCCCACCUGUGCCUAACAGGGCCACCAUUUCUUUGGAUGAUAGUCAGAAGGGUACGAAUGCUACUGAGACGUUAAUCCCAGAGGAAUACCAUAUAAUGACAAAUAAAGGAGUGAAAGCACUGCAGUGUUAUGAUGACAACUUUACAGUUCUGUUAGAGGAUGAGCAAAAGAGACUCAAGAUCUUUCCAUCAAUGAGGCCGAGUGGGCGCCUGGAGGCAGUGCAGCUGAUGAGGGUAAUGGAUGAUAUGCUGGAAAAGGCAGGUGUCAAUCAAGAGUUUGAGGAGGUCAAAGGCGUCUCACAGAUACAGGGUCUGCUGGAGUUGGUGCGGGUGGAGCAGAACAUCUACAACAUUGUGUUUCAUGAGUUAAUUCGGCAGGUGAGCGUGGAGUGUAGAGAGAGGGGCCAGCUACUAGCUAAACUCAGGCACAGGUAUGUGAGUCUGUUGGACCGAAUCCCCCGUCAGCUCAUAAGUCUGCAUACAGAGACCCUGGCACAGAGAGCUCUGGACCGCCGGCUGACCGAAGAGAUCAUCUGCUUCAAGCACUCUAUUUCACAACUUAAUGAAGAGCUAAAUCAGCUGAGGGAGCAUGAUGAGCAUGUGUCCAUGCAGGCUGAAAAGGCCCAGGAGGAACUGGCUAAAGCACUGAAGCAAUCACAGCUUGACUCUGACAUUGUUGGGGAGUACCACAAUCUGUAUGAACUACAGAGGCAAAGGCUGGAGGGGCAAGUAACCGUACUGACUGCAGAGAGGGACUUAUGGAGCAAAGUCACCUACAGUAUUGCUCUCAAGGUUAUUAAGUUAAACAACUUACAACUGGUCAGCAGACUUCAUGUUAGUGAGCAGGCAUGGACCAAAACCGCAGAGCAUUUCACCACUCUCCUGACAGCAAAGGACUCCGAGGACCUGAAACGCAUCAUGCAACUGACAGACCAGUGGAAAGAGCAGCUAAUUGGUUUCAUGGAGAACCUCAGAGAGACUGAAAAAAAACAGUAUGAGAGUAUCAGGUCCAUCCAGCAUGGCCUUGUCAGGUGGCACGAGUUCUGUGAGAGUAACAUCAGGAGCCCUGAUGUAAAAUUUGAAAAAGCUUCAGAGGAGGUGUUGUUUAAUGACUUGAAGCAAUGGUCAAUGGUGUUGAUCGUCCAGUGUGAGCGGUGUGGAGGAGAAGGCCUUCUCUCUAAUAAGGAGACUCUUCACACACUGGGGCAGCUGCACAAUUUGUGGGUGGAGGUGUGUAUGCAGCUGUUCAGAAGACAUCCAUCACUGGAUAGAGAGACUCCUAAGGGCCAGGCGGCCAUGACAGAACUGAGCCAUGCUAUCACUGAGCUCCACACGCAGCUGGAUAUCCGUAUCAAUGGAGAGAGUGGAUCCUCUGUUUUUGCUACUUCAGGAAUUCAUCAACAGUUGAUCACUCUGGCUGGAGUAAUGGACUCCUGGGCUAACAAACUGAAGUCUCUUAUUGGACGGCUUGAAACACUGCAUCACUCUGAUUGGUCAAAGCUGGAGAAGGCCCUAGGAAGUUGGAUAAAUCUGUGUGAGGAGGCCCUGGUAAACAUAGGCAACACUCAGAAAGAGAGUGAAAGGAUAAAGCACAAGCCUCACGUCAAGAUUGAAAUCGAUGAUGUCCUGAACAUGCUGAGGGAGUUUGUCUCCUCUCAAAACAACUUCUUUGACUACACAAACCUGACACUUUAUGAGGCGGUCAGCUCUAUGCACACUCUGCGGACUCGCUGGAUGGUGGAACUGCUGCUACUGAUGGUGCCAGAUCGAUGUGAUGCCCAGGAGUCCCCUCCUCCACCAGGCCCAGAAUUAAAUGUCUUUAAGGAUGUGUCUUUUCAGAAGAUGGAGGAAGAUGCCAGGAAUCUUGCACAGAAACUUAACUACUUGUCCAAAUAUAUUACAAGUUCUUGGCAAGCUAUCGUAGAGGAGAUGAUGCAGAAGAAUAUGACUCAAGAUGACACAGAAAAUGAAAUUUACCAGCUCAACAAGCUUCAGAGGGAGUGUGCAGAGUGGCUAGACGUCUGUGGGAUCCUGCUGUGUGAUUUGAUGGGACGCCCUUUGGAGCUGCAGCUGUCUGGGGAAGCUGUGCCCAAGUUCAUCACUGACCUCUCCUUAUCUGUGGAGAGUGUACCCUCUCCGGCUGGUGAUUAUGCCAAACCAGAGAGGCCAGCAGAAGCCAAGGAAGACGAGAAGGUAGCUAUAAAAGCAGGAGGGAGCCCUUACAGUUCCAAUAAAAAUAAUAAGCAGGCAGAGGAGAGGGAAGAGGAUGUCACAGAGGAUGAAAAGAGCAUGUCAGUCCUGAAGCUUAUUGGCCAUGAUGGUCACAUUAUUGAACAGAUGUUGGGAGAGGAAACUGUGCACAUCACUGGGACCAGUGACCUUGUGGUGCGGCCACGCUCUGAGAAUGCACAGCAGGCUUUUAGUGCACUGGGUACUGUGGAGCUUCUUCAGCAGGAGCUACUAGCUGUGGAGGCUCGUGCUAUCAGUGCUGAGGAGAGGGCUCUGAAGGCAGAGGAAGCACUCCAGGCAGCUUUAGAGAAGAUCCAUGAUUUAGAGAGACAACUACCACAAAGAACCAGUCUAGAAACCAAAGUGAGCAAGUCUGUUUCACCAGUUGCUAAGAAGGAGGCUGCUCCUGAACUGAAAGAGGUGAGCCAGCAGUCCACUCCCAGCCCCAAAUCGACUAAAAGCAGCAAGAAACGCUAAACCAUCAGAAAGCACAUAACUUAGUGGUGUACUCUAGAUGAGCAGAUUUUCUACAUUACAAAAAAACACACUGAAAUGUUUUUCUUUCUUUCUUUUUU